AUGCCGAAUCCAGUCAAAGACAUCGCGACUCGCGACGAAACCUCGUUCCCUUACGUCUUCGAGCAGAACGUCUCGAUUUCACUCAAGGAUGAAUCAGGUGUCGUUCGAUGCAACAUCUAUCGCCCCAAGACUUCGGACAAGGUCCCAGUCUUGGUGACAUAUGGCCCUUAUGGAAAGGAUAUUCCGUAUGAGGAUUUCCACCCUCAGAGCUUCAGCGAGGUCAAUCCAGAGCAACGAUCUCAACAUUCCUCGUGGGAGACUCCUGACCCUAAGUACUGGACCAGCCAGGGAUAUGCAGUUGUGCGGGCAGAUGAGCGUGGUACUGGGCAGUCAAUUGGCAAGCUUGACACCAUGUCUCGGGGCACCAGCGAGGCCUUCUUUGAUGUUGUCGAGUGGGCAGCCGAACAACCCUGGUCCUCGGGCAAAGUUGGUCUCCUCGGAAUCAGUUAUUAUGCUGGGAGUCAAUGGCGCGUCGCAGCUCGGCAACCGAAAGGCCUCGCUUGCAUGAUUCCCUGGGAAGGCAUGUCAGACUACUACCGGGAUCGUUGCCGUCACGGCGGUAUUCUGUCGAAUGCAUUCAUCAAGUUCUGGUGGGAUCGCCAAGUCUUAAGCAACCAGUAUGGUCUACCUGGCCGUGCUGCUCGCAAUUGGGGUCCGGAUACCAUUGAAGGCGAUCUUUCGGAGGAGGAGCUGAAGCAGAACCGCCAGGACCAGACGGUCGAUAAUGUCGAGAAUAAGUUCCGCGACGAUCUCUACUAUGCUUCCAAGGAAUACAGCAUGUCUGAUAUCCAAGUACCCUUGCUCUCUGUGGCAAACUGGGGUGGAAUCCUACUGCACCUUCGGGGAAACGUCGAGGGCUAUACGCAGGCCGGCUCAGAACUCAAAUAUCUUCGCUUUAUCACCGGUCGUCACGAUCUUCCUUUCUACUAUCAAGAAGAGGUUGAAUUACAGCGAAGCUUCCUGGACGCUUUUCUCAAGGGCGAUGACCGAGCCGGUUGGUCGACUGGCAAGGCACCGAAGGUGGACGUGGUAUUGCGCAAGGGCGACGUGGGCUUCAAUAACGCCGUUGCCGAGAAGCAGUAUGCCCGUCGCACAGAGCACGAGUGGCCGAUUGCCCGCACUCAGUAUACUAAGUUCUAUUUGACCUCCCAGCGCGAGCUCAUAACUCACUCGCCAAAGGAACGGCCCAGCAAGAUCAGCUACCAGGCCCUGGGCACAAUAGACAACCCUCAGCUCGUCCAGUUUUCUACUCCUGCAUUUGAACAGGAGACCGAAAUCACUGGGCACAUCGUGGCUCAUUUGAAUGUAUCCAUGAGUGCCAAUCCUGGCAGCGCUACCCCACAGGAUCUGGACCUGUUCAUCACUUUGCGUCACAUUUCUCCUGAAGGAAAGGAAGUAUCCUACACAGGAACUGCCGGUGAUCCUGUCCCACUGUGCAAGGGAUGGCUACGCGUCAGCAUGCGGGAGGUUGACGAAAAGAACCCUCGCAACCGGUCUUGGCUGCCUCACCGUAACUACUACUCGACUGAUGUGAGACCGGUGAUUCCGGGUGAGGUCUAUGAGGUGGAUGUGGAGGUGUGGCCAACGAACGUGGUCGUAGAGAAGGGUGGAAAGAUCAUCUUAGAGGUGGCCAGCGGCGAUACUCAGGGAUGUGGAACGUUCCAGCACAACUCGCCCAUUGACCGAUCUCCUGAACGUUUCCAGGGUCAGAACCAUAUUCACUUUGGUCGGGGUGAUAACUAUGUGACGCUGCCGAUCAUUCCUUGA